AGAGGGAGCGUAUCUUGGCCUAUCUUAACUAAGUGGGUGGUGAUGAUGAGAUCAUACAACAUUGAAAAUUACCGAGACAAUACAAAUAAAUGACAUACGCGGAGGCUUUGAAAUAGAGCAAAUGCUUUCAAAUUUGUCACACAUUUACAGCAGCACUCGCAGACACAUCACAGCGCUUUAUUUACACGCCUCUAGUUGUGUGGGUGGCUGCAGAGCUGGAGCAUCGCGCCUUAUAAUCUAUUUAAAAUGAGGAGCGCUAUAAUCAUCACUGACCUAUUAUAAAGGUGCACGAGUGUGUGUUUGUGUGUGUGUGUGUGUGUGUGUUUGUGUGUGUGUUGGAGGGGGGGCAACCCUUCAAAAAGAUCUCCUUACUCCCCCACGUGGUUAUUUGCAAAACAACCGAUCCAAACUCAGGGAAACCUAAUCAAACCCCGCUGCUGCAGCCCUGUUCACUUUCCAUAGAGAGAGAAUUGAAGAGAAAAAAAAAGAAAAUCUUCUGUCUAAUAGACAGAAAAUAGGCUAUCUGUGCGCGCGCGACCUAUCAAUGGGGAGCAGGUAUGUGGAGUGAAGGUCCUGUUAAAAUACUCAAAUAGACAUUUAAUAAAUAGAACAUAUGUUUUUCUAUAACAUAUGUAAGAUCGGAGCUCUUCCCAUCCUGUGCGAAAAAUGCGCUGUAGCAUGCUCUGAAACCCUGCGCCUAUUGAAUAUGUCCCUUGUGGGCUUGAAUCGGAGAGGAGCCAAUACAAGCGGAGGGGAGGCGUGUCUUCGCUCUUCCAGAAGACCUCCCAGAGCAGGUUGUUGCGUUUUGGCUCUAAAGCCUGGAGACCUCCGAAGUGCUCGUCAGUUUUCGAAGUAGGAGCCAUGGCGACAACAGCUCAGUAUAUUCCGAGGAAUAACUCCUUACCGUCCAACCCGCUCAUGCAUCCGGAUUCGGAUAGGAUGCACCAGGGGACGACCUACAGAGAAGUGCAGAAAAUGAUGCACCACGAGUACUUGCAAGGGCUUGCGGCUACCAACACGGGGCACCCGAUGAGCCUGACGCACCAUCAGUGGCUGCCCACCUCCAACACCGACUGGUCCAGCGGCACCCACAUCGGACAGCAGGAGCACAAAGCCACCGUGCAGGCGACCCGGGAGGACCUGAGCAGCGGCUUCCACCACAGAUCUCACCUGGUUCACCAGCAGACGCAGAGUAGCCACCAUGGUUCGUGGGCGCCCACCACAACACACCACUUAUCCCCGCUGUCCCCAGCAUCCAACGGCCACCAGUCACUGGUCUACUCCCAGCCUGGAUACACAAAUCUCAACGCAAUGCUGAGUCCCCAGCCCGGUUCCCUGCACCACGGUAUGCGGGACCCACUCCACGACGAUUCGGGCAGCCACGACAACCAGAUGGAGUCGCCUCAGCAGGCGUUCAGCCACCACCAGGACCACUCGGACGAGGACGCGCCCAGCUCCGACGACCUGGAGCAGUUCGCCAAGCAGUUCAAACAGCGGCGGAUCAAACUGGGCUUUACGCAGGCGGACGUGGGCUUGGCCUUGGGCACCCUGUAUGGAAACGUCUUUUCUCAGACCACUAUCUGCAGGUUUGAGGCGCUGCAGCUCAGCUUCAAGAACAUGUGCAAACUUAAGCCGCUCCUAAACAAGUGGCUGGAGGAGACAGACUCAAACACUGGCAGUCCCACCAAUUUGGACAAGAUUGCUGCGCAGGGCAGGAAACGAAAGAAGAGGACCUCUAUUGAAGUAGGGGUGAAAGGGGCGCUGGAAAAUCAUUUCUUAAAAUGCCCAAAGCCAUCUGCUCAUGAAAUCAGCACUUUAGCCGGCACUCUGCAGUUGGAAAAAGAGGUUGUCCGUGUUUGGUUUUGCAACAGAAGACAAAAAGAGAAAAGAAUGACACCAGUGGGGGUCCCUCACCCGAAUAUGGAGGACGUAUAUUCCCAAGCAGAAACCCCUCCUCUACACCGCACACUACAGAGUCCUGUGCAGUGACUGUUUUCAUGAACAAUCCGAGAAUUUCCGCGGGGGAUAGAAAAAGGGAAAGGGACUAUGGAGUUUACAGUAUUUAAGUUUGGCUUUUGUUUUCCUGAGAGAAAAGAGACAUGGAAAAGUUGAACAGAUGAGUUUUGCCCUUAGUAUUCGGAGAUCGUCAUGUCCAACAAAUAGAUGGCAAGAGGGAAAAUGUUAAGAAAAAAAAAUGCAGAAAAAAAAAGAAAAAAAAUGCUAUUACUGAUUCCGUGCGCAUUUAAAGUGAAACAAAGAUCUUUAUUUACCAAAAUUAUAUGGAGGAGACAUGCAUAUAAAGUAAAUUUGAUAUCCCAUGGCUGUUUCAAAUGGGGAGUAAUUAAAUGUGGCAACUGAGGCCAUCUCCUCCUGGUGUACCAUGAACUGUUGGCGCUCACCAGAAUGAGGUGGUUGCCUGAAAAUGAUCAACACUGGAGAUGAAUAGCCUACACUGAAUGAACAUUUUGCUUUUUCAGGCUUAAACUGAUUAACCAGAUUUCUGAAUAUUAGUGUAUACUUUCUUUGUUAUAUUAAGUGUGAUGUUUUGGUUGGAAAUACUUUAACUUCAGUGUCUCUCUUACUGCAGACUGUCUAUGAUUUCUUCUUCAUUAUUUGCUAUAGGUACUGUAACUCAUCAGAGAAGCCUCUCAUUUUUCUCUGUACUCAG